AUGUCGCUUUUACCUCGCGCGUUGCUCAAAAACUACUCUCAAGACGCGCUCAAACCUUUGGAAGAUGAGUGCAACGCGUUCGACAAAGUUGAUUUCUUCUCUUCCCCGCAAGCGGCGUCUCACAACGUUUCGAUCCAAUCGAACCGCACGCAACUCGUCGGCACGGUUGGAAAGAUACCAAACCUGUUUGGAUUCCACAACGUGGAUUUAGAACGGUUACGGAAAGAGAAAAAGUUCCUCGCGUUACCGCCGGAGAGUUGGCUGGAUUUUACGAAAGACGAACAAAGUCACCGGUUAUGUCGACAAGGCACCAAUACGUGGGCAAGUUUACAUAAAGGCGUGUUAACGUCGGGGAACAUUUUAGGCGCGCUUGGGUUUAAGGAAGCGCACGUGGUGACAAAGAUUGGAUUGCGCAGCGAAAGCGCGAGUCACCAGGAUUUGAUGCGCGCGGUGAUGGUGAUGCGGGAAGACGCUGCGGCGGUAGUUGAGGCCCCGUCGACGACGGGAGAGAACGAAAGGGACGAGGACGACGCGAGAGAGAAGAACGAGGCGAUCGUGAAGGCGUAUAACGAGGAGUUGAUGUUGAGUAUGGAGGAAGAGCGCAAUGGCGGGUGGUACGAUAACGAUUCAGACGACGACGACGACGAGAUGGAGGAGGAUCUAUCUGCUUCGAGUUCAGCCGCCGAGGACGAGGAAGACGAGGACGAAGAAGAUAAUAAAGAAGAAAAGUUCUUUCCGCCGAUUAAAAAUAGCAAAGGUCGGUUUCAACAUCACUUCGAUUUCUCCUCGGCAACGCCGUUGGACAUUCUUCGCGCGUCGGUUGAUAACUCACACGUGAACCGCUCGACGAAGAAAAGUCCGGCGAAAAUAAGAACGAACAACGCGAAGAAAGGAUCGAAAAAACAGAAGAAAAAGAAAGCGAAACAACUGAAGAAGAAAAAGAAAAAAGCGAGAGAACUCGCGGGGGUGGAAGAGCAACCGUUUGGUGGAACUUUAGGCCUCACUCGUCUUGGAUUUUGUCGAAUGAAAGCGAGAGAAGGCGAACAGUCCGUGAGAUUAGCGUGGGGGAAUACGGCGGAAGCGGGAGCGCUGAUGCAGUUACUGAACGAUUUCCCAAACGUAGAGGAGAUUCACGAAGUUGGUUUGUGUCGCAUGUCGAAGGACGUUUUGUUGAAGUACGAAGAGAUGUGCGGAUGUAAAUUACCUCAAUUAGGCGCGAGUCCGGACGCAAUCGCACUCAUUCGUAGCGACGAUGGUGAGAACGCGGUUGAACGCGUCGUCGUAGAGGUGAAGAAUCGAAGUCCGUUUUAUCGAACGCAAAGCGGAUACUAUCGCGUCGGCGAUCCGCCGUUACCGAAAACUAUUCCCGCGUAUCACGUACCGCAAGUACAACUGGAGAUGGUUUCCACAAACGCGUCGUCGUGUUUCUUGUGCAUGCGAAACGUGACUCGAGGCACUUCCGUCUUUCGCGUGAAGAGAGACGAGGAGUAUUUAAAGCAAAUGUUUCGAGUAAUUGGGAGGUUAUACGAAAAUUAUUGUUUGAAAGACGACGCGAAAUCGCCGCCGGAAAAUUGGUUGGCGAAUGAUCCAAUACACGCUUUACUCGUUCGUAAAACGCGAGACAUCGCGCAAAACGCCCAAUUAGUAACGAUUUUAGCCCCUUCUUCUUCUUCUUCUUUUGACGACGACGACGACGAAAAAGAACACGAAAAUAAAGACGGAAAAAAUGGCGAGGAGAGAGAAUCUUUUCAUCCGUUUCUCGACGAGUAUUUAGCGCGCGGUAGAAGUUAG